AUGCUCGCCGCGACGAAUGCUAACCCCCGCAUGUUUUGGCUCUACAUGAGUGCUGCUAAGGCCUUCAACAUCGACGUUGAGUCCGAGAUAUCUUUACCGAAUAUGCGCUUGUUGCUGGGGCAUUAUAAAACGGCUUUGAGGUUAGUCUUUGGGACCCUCAUUCUUCUCGAUAAUGGCGUGCAGCUCUCUGGUCGAGCACAUACCAUGGGUCCGUGA